AGAGAAGAGAGAAGAGAGAAGAGGUGGGGCUUGUCUACCAUUUAGAGUUUACCUGAGCCUCGUUUGUCGUGAGGUGUAGCCUUCCUUUUUUAAGGGUUUAGUUGAUCGCAAGGCCUCUUCACUGAUAUGCAGAACAGCCCAUACAGCAUAGCAGCAGAGCACGCGAAGGAGGAGAAGGAGAAGGAGAAGAAGAAUCUAAAGAACAACAACGAAGACAAAUACGACACUAGCAACAGCUAUAACGCCUUUCCCUGUAAAUGGUCUAUUAGAGGAGCUGAAUGCGAGCUUCUAAGCUAUAAAAUGCCGUCGAGCAGCUCAAGCUUCAACCCCUCGUUGUGUCCUACGUUUUCUUCUCCUAUCAAAGUUUCAGCAUUACGGAUAUCUCAUCUUUGUGUCCCACAUUGUUUCCUGCUCGAUUCUGGGACUUGGGUAUGGUGCUGUCGGCUCGAACAAUGCUAGGGUUGGAGCUUGGGGAGAUACCCAGUUCGAGUUUUCGUGAUCUGGCUAUUAGGUUUGUUCAAAAUCGGUGUAACAAUGAAAUUGGGGUGUAUUUUUGGAGAUCAUGAUGGGCACAUCCUGCUGGCUUUUGGAGAUUAUAUUGGGGUCGCUGACUCAGUGACAGAGUGACAGAGUUGAAAGCCACUAUUAAAGGGCUGGAGGUCUCCUUAGAGAGGAUAGAGUUCCCUUUUUAAUUAUUAUUGUAGGUGAGUCAUCCUUGUUGGUCAAUUGGUUCAUCAGCAGUCUGGGUAGCCAUGGCGAUACAUCUGUCUUACUAGGAAAGCUCGUUUGCUUAGCGAGGGAGGGCAGCCUGCUUUUUCUUAGAGGUUGUGAUCAGCUACACUGUAGCUUAUGAGCUAGCUAGGUUUGCAUCAAAAGGAUCUUGACUCAACCCCAGGGCAAAGUUUGGAUGGAAGUUUCAGGAGGUGUCUCCCCUGAUAGGAGAUCCGAGGUUUCAACUUCAAGCAAGUUCAACCCUGCUUCCAGAAGACUGUUCAAGGGGUUAAAAGAUUAUGCAAGGAAGCUGGUUGACAUUGAAGCAUUUAGGCAGAGUCUUGAAGACUGGAUUCUGGAGAAGACACGUUCCAGUUCUUCUGAGAGCAAGCAAUUCUUUAGAUCUCCUUUUCACAUUGAUGAAGUCCAUAAACUUGAUUAUGCAUUAGAAGAUGUGUUAUUUCAGCAGCUUUUCCGUAUGCCUUACUCACCAUACGCUUCUGAUGAUCUCAAUGAAGAUGAGUAUCUUGCCCUGGAGGACUUCCUGAAUGCUGCUGUGGAAGGCUUGUGGCGCACCUUCUGGCACAAAUCUGGACCAUUACCAUUCUUUGUAUCUUGUCCCCGUUAUCCUGGAUCCAAGUUCUAUACUGUGGAAAGGGCAAUAAUGAGGGGAAGGAUUGGAGGGCUUUGUGGUGCAGCUUUGAUGGCGAAAAAUGGGAAUGAUAUACAAGUUCAAUGGGACCAGGUGGUGGAAUUUACUCUGUUUAAACCAGACAUUGCUCAGGGAAAUGAGUUUGGAUUUUCUGCUACGUCUAUCUGUGAAGCCCUCUUUUAUGGUUUUCAUAUACUUCUAUCAAGGAUUUUGAGCAAGUACAAUACUGUUAGCAGUGAUUAUGUCUAUCUGCUAGUUCUUGAUUCUAAAUUUGGUGGGGUAGUCAAAUUUGGUGGUGAUCUAAGCAAACUAGAAGUUAACACAAGCAACCCAUACCACUCUGUGGCAGAAUGGAUCAGGCUUCAUGCUGAAGUCACUGUUUCACCUGUGGACAGAAUAUGGAACAAGCUAGGAAAUGCAAAUUGGGGGGACCUAGGACCUCUGCAACUGCUUCUAGCAACUUUUUACUCCAUUGUUCAAUGGAAAGGUCCUCCUAGAAAGUCAAUUUCCGCAUUGGCUGCAGAUCAUAGUCUUCGUCUUCACAAGCGUAGGCUAGAAUGUUGCCUCUUUGAGGAUAGCAGUGCACUUGUCUCCAUGCUAGAGUCUGGCCAGAAAGUAGAGAUUGUCGAACUUGACCACAAUGACGAUCCAACCUUUGGAAAGCAAACAUCACAGUUGAAGCUUAAGAUGGGUGAAGUACUGUUGUUGGAGGAUCAGCAAGGGCGAAAAGGGUUUCGAAUACUGGAGACUCUCAUGGAAGGGAACUGUUUGUCGUACAGUGCUGUUUCUCUUGAACAUCCUGGUGAGCCAUUAACUGUAUAUGUGGGAGCUCAUCCAUCAAUGCUUGAGCCAUCUUGGGAGGAUAUGAGUCUAUGGUACCAAGUACAAAGGCAGACUAAGGUAUUGAACAUCUUUAAGCAACAGGAGAUCUCAAGCAAGUAUUUGCCAGAAAUAAUUGCCUCCGGUCGAAUUUUGCAUUCUGGUCCUUGUAAGAAACAGAGCCCCGGUGGUCGAUGUGAUCAUCCAUGGUGUGGGACCCCAAUUCUUGUGACAUCUCUGGUUGGUGAGCCACUGUCAUCCAUUAUUGCUCGGGAUGGACCAUUUUCCCCUGAUGAGGCAGUAUGCUGCUGCAGGGACUGUUUAUCAGCUCUGAAAAGUGCUACAACAGCCAAUGUCCAACAUGGGGACAUCUCUCCUGAGAACAUUAUACGUGUUGUUGACACCCAUGGUUCCAGAACUAGAUUUCGAUAUGUCCCUGUAUCUUGGGGGCAUGCUGUUCUGGAAGAUAGAGAUAGUCCUGCCAUAAAUUUGCAAUUCUCAUCUACUUAUGCACUUCAGCAGGGGAAACUGUGUCCAGCAUCAGAUGCCGAGAGCCUUGUUUAUCUCCUAUAUUUUGUCUGUGGGGGAACAAUGCAGCAGCAGGAUUCCAUUGAAUCAGCACUACAGUGGCGGGAGAGAUUCUGGGCCAGGCGUUUAGUGCAGCAGCAGCUUGGUGAGGUUUCAGCUCUCCUAAAAGCAUUCGCUGAUUAUGUUGAUAGCCUCUGUGGAACUCCAUACCCUGUAGAUUAUGAUAUCUGGUUGAAGAGAUUGAAUAGAGCUGUUGAUGGUUCAACAGAUAGGGGGAAGCUGGUUGAGGAAGUAGCAGUAACAAUGAGAUUAGAGGAUGUUGCCGAGUCAUCGGGAACUUCUGGUGGCUGUACUUCGUUUUCUUGCUGAAUAAGAAAUUGACAUUUCUUGCCAAGGGUAUUGGGUUCUGUUCGCAUUACUUUUUGUUGUUGAUAUUCAGGCAGGUGGGAUUUGAAAUUGGUUCUAAUCUGCAUUUUCAUUUGCCUUCUCUGCUGUAUUAUUUAUGUCAUAGCUUUUUGACUGAUUGAACUUGAAGAAUUCUCUGCCACAGAUGUCUGGCCAUACCAGAAGUAUCUUUUCUUGUAUUUGGUUGGUGAUAAGCAGGUUAGUAUCAGACUGUUUCUUCAUAUGAAAUGGUAGAAAGCUCCUGGAGGGAUUUUUACAUUGGUCAA